AUGUCCCUAACGGAACCUUGCCGCUGCCUCUCACCCCCCCGCACGGAAUCUGAGGAGGCCUCCGCAUCACGUGGUGCUGCAUUGGAUUGCGGUGGCCUCGACGAGAGCAAGAACCACCUGGUGAUGUCUCACCUGCGCGCGAGGAGCACCACCGAUGUCUCAGAAGACAUGUGCCUCGAGGGGAGCACGGGCGAUAACACGCACCUGCUUGGGCAGGCUCCAGAGGGGGAGGAGGAGGAGGAGGAGGAGGAGGAGGAGGAGGAGGAGGAGGAGGAGGAGGAGGAGCUGCAGGCGGAGGGCGUCAGGGAGGUGGGCGUGGCAACUGGGCUGGAGGUGCUGUACCAAGAGACCCCCAACUACCGCGGAGGGGCGGCCGAGGCUGACCGCAUGAUCGAGCCCAGGCAGACGGCCACGCACGCGUGCUAG